AUGGAGCUCACCUACAGACAAACAGUCCCGCUUGCGAGGCCUCUGCACCUCCUGAAGAUGGAAGGGGUUGAGCUUUUCAAAAUGCAACGCUACAAAGGGGAUGUCUCCCUGGAUCCUGACAUGGCCCACCCCAGACUGGAACUCUGUGAGGAUGGGAAAAGUGUGAAAGAUACCAGCACCAUCACGAAGGUGCCCAGGAAUGAGAAGAGAUUUGAUUCCCACCUUUAUGUGUUGGCAAAAGAAGGAUACACAUCUGGGAGACACUACUGGGAAGUGGAUGUUGGCAAGAGAAGCAGCUGGGCCUUGGGUAUUGCCCGGGAAUCUGUGACUCGCAAAGGGACAUUGACUCUGUCCCCCAAGAAUGGCUUCUGGGUCAUGGGGUCUACAGAUGGGUGAGAGUAUUGGGCCUUCACAGAGCCUUGGACCCAUUUGAGUGUGGGUGGGAAGCUGCGAAAGAUUAGGAUCUUCCUGGACAUCUCAUCCAAGCAGCUGUCAUUUUACAAUGUCUGUAAGAAAGCAGCUCUGUACACUUUCACCAUUGCUGAUGGCAGCAGCCGGGAAGGGAAACUCCUUCCCUUCUUCUCCACAGGCUCAGCUGCUGCAAAGCCUGACACUGAGUCCCUGAAAAUGGUGCAGGGGUUUGAUGAUGAUGAUUAG